UUUAGUUUAUCUGUGACUUUUAAUAGACACGGAUUACUGAACGAUUUAUUUUAAUUUGGUUCUCAUAUCUUUUUUGUACUUUUUAUCUUUUUUUUCACUUGUGUAAGCAAUUUGAAAAAUAAAUAAAAAAUAAGAUGAAGUUUACAUUAAUCUUAGCUGUUUCACUGGUUUUGACUGUGUGGCGUUUUGAAACCGCAGAUUGUCGAGUACCAAUAACAGCGGAUUCUGGCAAUUUAACAUCAGACAUCUAUUUCCCUCGCUUUCCAAAAAAUAUACCCCCCUACGGAUUUAAUUUGAGUUAUGGACCUGAAAACUCUCCACCAGUCGAAGAAAAUAAGCCAUAUUUUCCAAUCAGUCCAAGAGCUGUCCAAGUUGAUCCGACAAAGGUUACGGACGAAGAGAUUAUUCAACUGAGUGAAUCCUUAUAUGGAAAAGAAAUUUCUCUGCUUAGCCAAAUUUCUGUCAAUUUGCAGGGAAAAACCCGUUCAGUUGAUACAAAUGACGUGGCCCCAUUACCUCUUCUACAAGUAAGUGAUAAAGUUUUUAACGUACCAACUAUUGCCAAGUUGCGACCACUUUUCGACAACUAUCAUAUGGAUACCUCGGUGAAUGAAAAGUUUUCCGCCGCUCAGCUUCAGGAACAAGAUGAUUUCCUGGACGCUGUGAUGGCAACAAAUGUUAUGCGUCAAACUAUGUCAUUUCUUCAAAGCAAAGGAAUUGUAUCAUCUAACUUAAGAAGCCAAAAAGACUAUCUCAAAACCAUGUGGUUUGGACUUUAUAAUCGUGGUCAAGGUGCAGUUGGAAGCUCAGGUUUUGAGCACGUCUUUUUGGGUGAAAUCAGCAAAGGUAAAAUAAUUGGUCUUCACAAUUGGGUCUUCUUCGGUGAGCAGGAAAAAACCGGUCGUUUGGAUUACAAAGGAUAUAUCAAUUAUCUCAAAUUGGGAACUAAAGAAGAAAUCGAUGAAGUUCGUUUCACAUUGGAUGGUCUCAAUAAACCAGUGAAUACACUUUUUGUUGGAACAAGUCCUGAAAUGGAAAUUGCAUUAUAUACUAUUUGUUUUCAAUUUAGACCCGAUGAGUUGUGUAAACUGUCGAUGGGAGAAAAGAAUUUUGCCAUUCAGACAUAUACAUGGCGGUAUAAUGGUCAGCUUUUGAUUGGUUCAGCUUUUCCUAAGCUAAGAUAUUGAAUAUAGAAAACUAUCAAUUAAUAAAGACAAUAUUGAUUG